AUGGCGGCGCCCGUGUGCGGCCGAGCGCUGGGGCUAGGGCAGUCGAGUCACAGCCCCUGUUGCUCCUAGAACCGGGCGGCCCGAGUCCGCGUGGGCAAGGGGGACAAGCCAGUGAGCUACGAGGAGGCGCACGCGCCGCACUACAUCGCCCACCGCAAGGGCUGGCUGUCGCUGCACACAGGUAACCUGGAUGGAGAGGACCAUGCUGCCGAGCGAACACUGGAGGAUGUUUUCCUUCGCAAGUUCAUGCUGGGUACCUUCCCAGGCUGCCUGGCUGACCAGGUGGUCCUGAAGCGCCGGGCUAAUCAGGUGGAGAUCUGUGCCCUGAUCCUGAGGCAGCUGCCCCCGCACAAGUUCUAUUUCCUCGUGGGCUACAGUGAGACCCUGCUGUCCCACUUUUACAAGUGUCCUGUGCGACUCCACCUCCAAACUGUGCCCUCGAAGGUUGUGUAUAAGUACAUCUAGGAUGACCCUCUCAUUCGCAGGAAGCUGUAGCCAGCAGAGGACAGAAAUGUGUGGGAAAGGAGGGCCAUGGAGCACGGGGAAAUGCGUCCCCUCAUUUCUCAGUCGCUGUUGAACAAAGACCAUUUGUGUCAACUUGC